AUGAAGGAUCUUGGGAGCUUCCAAAUUCCAUGCAUUAUAGGAGAUAUUAGCAUUGAGAAAGCAUUGUGUGAUUUAAGAGCUAUCAUCAACUUUAUGUCCUUAGCCAUGAUGAAGAGAAUGAGAAUGAGAAUUGAAGAAGCCAAACCAAAAAGGAUGGCACUUCAACUAGCUGAUAGGACAUUCAAGUUUUCCCAUGGAGUAGUAGAGGACUUGUUGGUUAAGGUGGGGGAGUUCAUCUUUCCAGCAGAUUUUGUAGUGCUUGACAUAGAAGAAGAGGCUAAUGCAUCAAUCAUACUAGGGAGAUCAUUCUUGGCAACAGCUGGAGCUAUAAUUGAUGUAAAAAAGGGAGAAUUAGUCUUAAGGCUUCAUGAUGAAAAGAUGGUAUUCAAUGUUUUCACUACCAUGAGUUACCCAAAGGAGUCCAUUGAAGAAUGUAUGAUGGUAGACACAAUGGAGCCACUAGUCCAAGGAGUUUUGGAAGAAGACAAACUUGAAGAAGCAAUGGAGUAA